AUGGAAAUUAAGCAAGUAACCACCGUUAUCCUGGUACUUCUCUGUGAUCUCAUCAUGGAUGCAUGCUCAGUAUGCAGUCCGCCGGUGCUAUCUGAACCCGGUCUGCUAGUGAAUCCUGAUCAGAAUAAGUAUGCUGAGAUGGAUAUCAUUAUUCUGUAUUGUGAUCCUAGUCUAUACCUCCUUCAUGAUGGGCCUUCGUUCAGCUUCUGUAUGUCAGGCGUAUGGGUGGAAGAUCCGAAAGAUGCAGUAUGCCAUGAAUCGUGUGAUCCACCUGUGACUGAAUGGAAUGUCGCACACUCUAACCAGGAAACAGGGGAAUAUGACCUUCAGCAUUACCUUCAUGGUUCAAUGACGGUAUACACCUGCAAUAAUGAACUGGCUGUACUUGAUGGGCCCACAAAGGCAUCUUGUCGCGAUGGGACAUGGGAUCCUCCUGAUUUACCUGUGUGUCGUGCUUGCCAGCAGCCUCAAUUCAAUCAGGAUGUGGUGUAUGUUGACCCUGUGCAGGAUGAGGGCUAUCGAGAUUUUGAUGUUGUGUACUUUCACUGCAAUAGGUCCUUGUCAUAUGUGGCAUAUGUUGCCAUUUGCUACAAUAGUUCAUGGGUGCCCAUCAUUCCAGACAAAAUUUGCCACGAAACUACAUCGUCACGGAGUCCCACUAUCCCAAGCUAUUUUCCGACGCAACACACUUUGGAAACUACAAACAGUCCCUACACAGGAUCAACUGAGACUGGUUAUACAUCAGAAGAUACAUACACUUCAACAUCUACCUCGUCAUCAAAUGUUCCAUUCAGUCCAACUACCACAUUCAAUCCUGGAACAUUGGCAAGUGACAUUUUAACAAACUAUCCAUCGAUUGACUAUACUUCGGAAACUAUUAGCCUUCUACAUCCAGCAUCAACAGAGACUGACAUUACAUCAGAAGAUGCAUACUCAGUUACUUCCACUCCGUUAUCAAAUAUGCCAACGAGUGAAUCUACCACAUCUAAUACUGAAGAAUUUACGUCUGAUACUACCUCGUCAUACACUAAAACAUUGUUACCUCAAACAACUAUGCAUUUAAUUACGAACGAGGAUCCUUCCAGUGCCGACUCAUUCGAAGGGGAAACAUCAAAUUAUCCUUCUACUGUGAUCGAAGUUACUGCGGAAACUAGUGUGGAUAAUAUUCGUACUUCAUCCGACGAUCAAGCACGGACAUACUCAUUUGAAACAGAAAGAACAUCUACUAGAACUCGUCUACAAGAUAUUUUCACGACCAGGAACACAUCCCCAAGGGAAACUACAUUGGAAGACACAGUAACACGGCACAGAACUAUGACUGAACUUCACACAACACCUGGAAAUUUUACAAGAACAGCAUUACUUGGAAGAGAAACUACGUCUGAUGCAACCCAAGCAGAAACUAUUCAUACGAAAUAUCCUGUACAUGAAACACAUACCACGUUCAAAAUGGAGCCUACAGUAACACCUAGCCCCUAUACAACAGCUACAGAUGACAAUAUGGGAACAUCAACAGGAAUAGUUGAUACUUUUUACACCGGCAAAUCCACCGAAAGGUUUUCUACACCUUAUGCGCCAACACAUUCUCCCCUUUUUUCAACAACGCCCGACUUAAAAAGCAGUACGCUUACCAUUACGUCUGCGACGAUUCCUUAUAUUCCAAGCGAAAGGACAGCUACAGACGCUAGUCAGGUGGAAACUUCAACAGGUACAGUGCAAACUGGCUCAACCGGCAAGUCCACAGAAACUUUUCAGACCACAUAUCCGCCUAGUCAUUCCCCCUUUCUUUCAAUAGAACCUGUCUUGGAAAAGAGCACGAGUCGAAUAACAUUUGCGCACGAAACUACACAUUCGUCCGUUGCGACUCCACAUGACAUUUCCUCUUCUUAUUCUACCCAACGCAUUACAAACUUUGUCUCUUCAAGUGAGACGCAUAAAAUUACGCAAAUAUCUUCCAAAAUACCUACAAUUUGUAAUGAGGGACUGACAAAAGAAGCUACAACAGAGCAUCAGAAAUCUAAAGUUUCAGCGACAGAAUCAUUUGGGUCGGAAAUUACAAGUUUCAAAACGUCCAUAUACGAUAGCUAUACUGAAACAACGUCUGCCGUGGGUUCGAGCAAGAUCGAUACAUCUUCAAUAGAACCUACAGGUUUAUUCUCAAAAAGCACUCCCUUGUUAUCAACCCUAGCAGAGGCAAAUACACAUACCCUGCUUUCAACUUUUGCACAAGAAAGAACGCUAGAAACGCUAGCAUCGCAAUAUUCUCCUACCAAUCGGAUAACAAGAAUGGACUCCACCAUCAUGAAGUCUACAAAUGAAGCUACAAUGAAGCCAUCCUCUGACAAACCUACAUCCGAUGUGAUACCGACCUCACCGGAAGCUACAAGGGAGCAUCAGCAUUCAAGAGUUUCAGAGACAGAACCGGUUUGGGAGGACACUACAAGUUCAAAGAUGUCUACUAGUCUUAGUGAAAUAAAAACUCCUUUUGGAUCAGAAGAACAUACACUUUCAUUCACAGAUAUCAUGGAUAUGGCGACUUUGUUAUCAACAGCAACUGAAGAAAACACCACAACUGUGUUUUCUGCAUUAGCAAAACAAACCACGCUUCCAAACGAUCGUGAUGCAACCGUGGAUCGUGUCACACAGUUUACUGAUAAUACUGUUACAAGAACUACGUUAUCACAUACAACACCAGACGGGCUAUCUACAACAGCUGAACUCUUAGAAGAACCCCCUGGAAUAUCGAUAUCUUCUGAUUUCACUAGCCCUGAAACUUCGACGGGAAUCGAUAAAUCAGAGACAUAUUCCACUUCCUUGACGGAGAGGAUGGCAUCCGCAAUGGAAACUACGUCGGAAAAUAUCUAUUCGCCUACAACCCUAUUUGAUCACUUGACAUCAGCAAAGACAACGUUGGCAGAAACGUCCAGCGCUUUGGCAUUUACAUCCUCGAUAUCUAAAAGUACAUUCACGUCUAGAUCUGUAGAGGACAUUACUAUAACAGAAACGGGACAAACUCCUUUAGCUGGUGCUCGAAGCACGAACUCUUUUAAUCUUGUAUCGUCUACGUCGAUUAUCAAAACAACUGCUGAACCAACGGCGACGACGACCGUUGAGGCAGUGAUGACAUUGGCAUAUGAAACAGAAACACAAACGAUGCGAGAUGAUAUUUCACCCGAUGCCACUAGUAGUGAGAGUUAUACCCACCACUUCAUCCCAACUUUCCAGUACAAUAGAGGAGCUGACAAUACCUUACCAUGGUGGAUGCAUCUCAUUAUCGUAUGUGUCGAAACAACUCUUGUUCUGACUGGCGUUGCUUUUAUAUGGUACAGGAAGAAAAAGGCUAGCAAUCAGAUCCAGCGCUCCCUAGAUACCGAAAGUGGCACCGCGUCUUCAGCAAAUUCAGGUUCGGAAAAGGGAAACGACACGUCGGUGGCAAUUGGCGAUGAUUGA